AUGUCGACUCAACCGAAAAACGCCUCUAGCAGCGGUGCUGACGGCGCCGAGGAGCAGGCGCCGCGAUCAAUUGUUGGCUCAGUCCCGCGGUCCGACGCUACCGCUCGCCUUGCCUCGCCGAUUCCAUCUUACUCACAGUUUGGCACGCCACCAGUUCAACGCGGCGGCUCUCCUCGACCAAACACGUCCGCUCCGGAUGAGCUCGCUCCUCUAGCUGGAGGUGGACUUGGUCCCCAAGGACCUGGCGUCUCGGCUUUGGCCGCGGCUUUAUCCGAUUCUCUAGGCCAAGAUCCUCCUCGUUACGGUACACCCGCCGGUCGAGUCAGCACACCACCUCCCCGAACACAUUCACCCAGCGUCGCCGGGCGACUGACUCCGACCAAUUAUGGUUCCUUUACGUCGCGCGGACCAGCCAGCAGCACUGGACCAUACGAGGAUGUCGAGGUGGUAAAGAGGCAUUUGGUCCAGCCCAAUGAUAGCGACAAUGCAGGAUCCGAAGAGUCGUCUCUUCUUCCCGGGGUGACGAAAGGGAAGCAGCAGGACAAGGAUGGGGGUGCGGCGAGCGAUACGUUUUCGAGCCUGCAGCUGCAGGGAGGAGAUGUGACCCGCCCAAUCUACAAGUGGACCGAGCAGGCAGAAGCACGAUCAAAGGUGCAGCGGAGCAAGAGUUUCAAUGAGCCGAGACCGGAGCCCGAGGACGAGACGCUUGACAUUAACACGAUCAAGGUCCCUGGUGGCUUCCGGAGAAAUCACCUGCGACGGAUUGCUGGUAGUCCCAGCGGUGGUCCUCGUCAGGACAUGAACAAUGGCGAUGAUUCUCAACCUCAGCUUUUCACGUCGAGUUUCCUCGAGUUCCUGUCCAUUUAUGGACACUUUGCGGGUGAAGAGCUAGAGGAGGACGAUGAGGCUCUCGGCCCCAACGAGUACUUCUCAUCGGGUGAGGACAGUGACUAUUUCAGUGACGAGGACCACCAGCCGAUGGAAGACAGUGCCCUGCUACCGCCCUCGAGGAGAAGACGCCGCAGAAAGACCCGCCCAAUUGUUGGAAAUAACAGCCCAACGAAUGCCUUGAUGCUGCUGCUGAAAUCAUUCGUGGGAACCGGCGUGCUUUUCCUUCCCCGAGCAUAUCUCAAUGGAGGAAUGAUUUUUAGUAAUGUUGUUCUCUUGUUCGUCGCGAUCCUCAGUUAUUACUGCUUCGUUCUUCUGGUUAAUACCCGAUUGCGAGUGGAGGGAUCGUUCGGUGAUAUGGGAGGUAUACUGUACGGAAAGUGGCUGCGAUCUCUCAUUUUGGGAUCAAUUGUUCUCAGCCAGAUUGGUUUCGUCGCUGCCUAUACCGUGUUCACCGCCCAGAACUUGCGCUCUUUCAUCCUGGCUGUCUCCGACUGCAGGACGAACAUCGGCACUCCCUGGCUCAUCCUCAUGCAGAUGGUCAUCUUCCUUCCAUUCUCUCUGCUGAGGGAUAUUGGAAAGCUUGGAUUUACCGCCUUGAUCGCCGAUGCGUUCAUUCUGAUUGGUCUCGGAUAUCUCUUCUACUACGACAUCUUGACUCUCAGCUCAGAAGGUCUUGCCGAUAUCAUCAUGUUCAACAAGGACAACUGGACUUUGUUUAUCGGCACUGCCAUCUUUACCUUUGAGGGAAUUGGUCUGAUUAUCCCCAUUCAGGAGUCCAUGAGGCAGCCAGAGAAGUUCCCCAAGGUCCUGUUCCUUGUCAUGGUCAUCAUCACCGUCUUGUUUACAGUUAUGGGAGCUGUGUCAUACGCCGCUUACGGAUCCAAGACAGAGACUGUCGUCUUGCUUAAUCUUCCCCAGGACAACAAGAUGGUUAACGGAGUCCAGUUCCUUUACUCCCUUGCCAUUCUUCUGUCAACCCCCCUGCAGAUCUUCCCAGCUAUUCGUAUUGUUGAGACGGAGCUCUUCACCAGGAGCGGCAAGUACAAUCCGUACAUCAAGUGGCAGAAGAACAGCUUCCGCUUCUUCGUUGUUGGGCUCUGCUCGGCGAUUGCAUGGGGCGGUGCGGACCACCUCGACAAGUUUGUCGCCCUCGUGGGCAACUUUGCUUGUAUCCCGCUUGUCUACAUCUAUCCGCCUAUGCUGCACUACCGAGGUGUCGCCCGCACGCGAUUCUGGAAGUAUUCCGACAUCGUUCUUUGCAUUUUUGGAGUCGUCGCCAUGGCUUACACGACCGCACUUACCGUCAUGAGCUGGGCAACUGAGGAGCCCAAGGAACCUGGCUACUGUGAUAGGAGGGGGGCAGUAUUUUGA